UGUGAUUUUUUCAUACGACGUUAAUAUUUUUGUGCUAUUUAGGUGAUUUUGGCACUGUUUUGGAGCUUUAAUUUGUAAUUUUUUAUUAUUAAAACAGUGACCAGGCAGUUACUACAUGUGUUUGCUACAAAAACACACCAAACAAUAUGACUCUGAUGCCUGCAAAUUAGCAGUUUCCUCACUUUGCCAUUAAGGUGUCUUGUCGGGCUUCGGGCAGCAAGCAGCAGUAAAAACAAAAAAAAAAGCGAAAGCAUGGAGAAUGAACAGGAUGAACUCAGACACAGACAUUUGCAGGACCAGCAUCGAAGCCAGCAUCAACAUCAACGACUUUCAAUUGGCUACCCCAAUGUAAUGCUUCACGUUGGCUCUCGAGAAACGCAGCGCUCGCCGUAUACUGUCUACUUUGAACAGCAAAGCGAUGCGGAUGGAUAUAUGCUAAUGCCCUCAUAUCUGCAGACAUCGGAUCCGCAGGCAACUGCGCACAUCAACAACAUGGAGUCGUCAACAACAGCUGGAUAUGUGCCCAUGUUUCAAUAUCAGACAGCCCCAAGAUCACUGAAUCGAGAAUCAUAUGCGGAGCCAGCGAGCUCAACUGAGGCUGCUGCUGGAUCACUUCGAGGUGGUAGCAGCAAGUGCCGUAAAUGUAAUGGGAUGCGUGAGGUUUGUCACUGUCAUUUGAUGCGUGAACUCAGCAGCAGCGGCUAUAAUGUGGCACCGCCGCCAGUAAAUGAGCACAGUGUAGAAGAACGAGUACAUUCGACACAGUCCACGGGAAGCUCGGGAAGCAGUACAACAGAGCCAACCCAAUUCUUUGAGCUCUCCUCAACUUCGACGGCAGCCACAUCCACACUGUCGUCUGCAGCAAGCUGUAGCAAUGGGGGUGGUGGCGAUAACUCUGCUCCUGUUACUGGUGCAUCGCAGUUCAUUCCGAAUCACACUCAACGUAAGACUGAAACGGAAACCCGUUCAUCGCAUGCCUAUGCAGUGGAGCGGGCUGACCAAAACAUACACGACGAGCAGCAAGCAAAUAACAAUAACGAUAAUAAUGUUGACAGUAAUGAGCGCGAAGUGGCGGCGACAUCGCGACUUGUUAGUAUUUGGCCAGCUGCAAUGGAUGAUCAUGCUGUCGAUGAGCCGCUGCUCUUGCAACCGACCGCAAGCGUAGUGUACGAGCUGCCCUCUAGUUCGCUGCUUAGCUCCAAUGCCAGCAACACGAGCAGUUCCUUCGAGGCGAACAGCAGCAAUCAGCAACUACCGGCGCUAAACAAUAGUAAUAAUAAUUCCACAGUCUACGAUGAUGUCACAUCGAGUGCAUCGGACACGGAGCAUGUGCAAUUUGCAAAUACACGCACCACCAACACAACAACAACGACGUCGGCGCAAAAAAAAAAGCAUUCACAGAAUCGAUCUCGCAUUUCAGCUGGUGGAGCUGCAGCUGGUGAAGCAUCAUCAGCAACUGCAUCGUCAUCUUCGACAGUAAUUGAACUGGAUGCCACGCCCAGCACCAGCGCCCAAGCACAGCAGCAGCAGCGGCAACAACAGCAGCAGCAACAACAACAGCAGCAACAUCAACAUCAGAAUUCUUGUAAUUUAUUUCGGCUACGACGCUACCACAAUAACAGCGCCAGCAUUUAUGACCUCGACCAUACGGGAGACAACAGCAGUGAUGAUGGCUGGGAUCUGCGAACACACAAUGCACCUGCUGGCGCUCCAGGAGGCAACCGUUCACGGCCGCAAAGCAGCAGCGAUCUGGAUGCACUUCAUGCAGAUCACACCUACUAUAAUAGUCGUGGUUAUGUGCAUGGCAUCAUUGGGCCACCGUUGUUGGCGCCGGAUGGCAAUUUUAUGCGCUCCACUUCUGCGUCUUGCACAACGGACACACAUACAACAUGUAGUGUGGAUUACGGCGGUCGUGAUAUCUGUGGAGUGCAUCGGCUAACCACAGAGAGGACCAACGGCAAUGCCAACGCCAGUUCAACAUCCUCCGGUAUUGCAGAUCCGCAGCAAGAACAACAACAACGUCCUGCCGCGGUGCUGAAAACAUGCUAUGCCUCGGGAUUGGGCAGUGGCAUUGUGCGAACACGUUCGCGAGUCCGCUCGAUGGAUGAACCAAUAACCGCAAGCAGCAGCAGCAAUAGUAGUAGUAGCAAUAAUGGUAUACGUCAUCCACCUAGGAAGCUGGCGCGUCUGGAGGCGCACAAUGAUGUGCAACUGUCGCCCAUGUCGAAUCUGUCACCAACAAACUUCUAUGCAUUUCAACCAGGUCGUCAUCGACAUCGCACUUUCGCUGAAUUAGCUAGAGCCAAUAAUCUGCAGGCGCAACAAGCUGCAACAAGCCAGCCGCAGCAGCAGCAACAGCAGCCAACAAGCGGCGGCUCGUGCGUAAUUGCUUAUGUUGGCAGGCCCCGUGAGACUGAUGGCAGAUUAGCAUCUGGAUCGAGGGAGCAGCACAAUCUGCCUUCCACCUCGACGAGCAGACGACACAAUCACAAUCCGAAUGGUGGAGAUGCGGUGCUCACGGCCCCCGACUUGCAGUUGGAUGACUGGUCUUCGGACUCAAAUGGCGAGGACGAUGACGUUGUGUUUGUGCAUUCCACACGUGAACCGAUACUCUCCAUUGAUCUAACCUCCGAUGAUGAUGGUCUGGGAAGCAGUAACGAGCCAGCACUUCACCAGCAACUACAUCAGCAACUCCAGCAAAUUCAGCAGCAACAACAACAGCAGCAACGCCACCUGCGCGAAGAGCCGCUAGCCACAUGCAGUCGAGCUGAUGGGAUGGCAGUGCAAGCAGCAGAAUCAAAUGAUACAACAGCGCCAGCAGCUGCGACGCUGUUGCCUCGUUCGAACUCGGCCAAUGAAUAUGAAGAUCGACGACGUCGUCCUGCGGCGGGCACUUCCUUCGCCUUCUACAGCGGCGCUUUGGCGGAUCGUGCGGCCAUCACAGAUCACAACUACAGCAGCUACAAUCAUAAUCCAGCGCAGGCGCCGACAAUUAGCUACCGAGAUGUCAUGGAAGCAGCCACACCAUACUCGCGAGGACCCCCAUGCCCUUCACGAUGCCCGCGUCUUCAUGCCGCUGUUGCACAUUCGCAGCGCUACUUUCAGCCAAUUACUCCGCCACCCAUUUGGCAUUUUGCACCAUUGGCCGAAGCACCACAACCACCGCCGCCGCCACCGCCGUCUAGUGGCAAUGCUGGCAAUUAUGUGCGCAUGUCUCGUGGCAAUGCGAAUACGGCAAGUGGCGUUGUGGCGCCACCACCGCCGCCGCCGCAGCUUGAUGCCGUGCCCAGUGGCGGCAACAGUCCGGCUUACUAUCACCGCUAUCAGCCGUACUAUGUGCCGCAUUAUACGUUUCCGACGUUGCCUGCUAGCCGAAGUCAGAAUGGUGGCGGCGACUACUCCCCAGGUCCACCGAAUCCCCACUAUCAGGGUGGUCUGAGCAACGCCAAUGGCAGUAGUCGCAGUUCGUUUAGUGGAGCGAUGAGUGCAGCAGCAGUGGCUGCCACGGUGGCAGCCGCGCAGGCGCAAUCCUUUCAUGAUCUACUGUCGCUAGCAAAUGUACCCAGCUCACCGGUGACCAGCAUGGAAAGUGGCAAUCUUGAUAAUGACUAUCAUCGCACACAAACGCUCAACAUUCUGCGGCGUGCCACAACGCCAGUGGCAGCAGCUGUGGCCACGGCCGCCGGCGGCCCGCCUCCGGUCAUGUCAUCCAUUGUGACAGUGGCAGCUGCAGUAUCGCCGCCACCACCGCUGGAAAUGUAUUCGGGUCGCACAACGAUGUCGUAUUGCGGCUCGCCGCCAUUUAGUUUGCGCCGUUCGGAAGCGUACAACAAUCAUCGGCAGCAUUAUCAGCCGCAACCACAUCAAGGCCAUCAGGCGCCGCAAAAUCAAAUGCACGCUCACAUUCAUCCGCCGCAUCGGGCAAGCGCGGUGGUGGCCACUUCGCUGACACCGGCGCCGCCAUAUGCAGUGCAUCAGAAUCUGUAUUAUCGGCAGCAAAACAUGCAGGAGCUGCAUCGCCGUCAUAUGACGCCAACUCCCAUUGAUCUCUCUUCCAACCCGCUCAACUUGACCAGCAGCUUGCGCCCACGCUACUUGCACACCAUCUGCAACUGUGUGCAUGCCCGCAACGGACCUGUUUCCAGCCUUGAUCCUGCUUACUAUCCGGCAUAUGAUGCGGUGCAGCAGCAAACUACUGCGACAGCCUCUGCACCAAUUGAUGCGCAUCAGCCUCAUCCACCGCCACCGCAAUAUGGCCUAUAUCAGCCACCCCAGCAACAACAACAGCAGCAUCAGCAACAACAACAACAGCAGCAGCAACAACAACACCAACAGCGACGGCGCCCUGCAAUACAUCACCAUAUGAUCCACCAUUAUUCUCCAUUGCAUCUGGAAAUCGGCUUGGCCACGCCUCUUUCGUUGGGCUCCUCACGCAUACUAAUUGGACCACCGCGUCCCAAUCGUGGCGCUACUUUGGAAAUCAUUGAGCGCAAUACUUUACCGCAUAAAUAUCGACGGGUGCGACGUCCCAGCGAAACGGACGAAGAUGCAGAAAAAUGUGCCAUUUGUUUAUCCCUCUUUGAGAUUGAGAACGAUGUGCGCCGGUUGCCAUGUAUGCAUCUCUUCCAUACUGAUUGCGUAGAUCAAUGGCUAGUCACGAAUAAGCACUGUCCGAUUUGUCGCGUCGAUAUUGAAACACAUAUGGCUAAGGAUGCACUUGUUCCCAGCUCGAGUGGUGCCGCUGCUGCUGCUGGUACCGCUGCCUUAUUGUUAUUAAAAUUUUAUCAGUAUUUAAGUUGUGUGGUGCGUCACAAAAUGUCUAGGAAACCCAUUGAUUACGUGAAGCAGAUGACAAUGUCGAGCUUUCUUGGAUUAGAGGAUUCCAGCCAAAGUCAAUCGACGCUAUCGAAGAAAGCUGACCGAAAAAAUAUUGUGGAGGCCAGGAAAACUAAAGCAAAGUUCUAUAAUCCCAUCUAUAUUGAUUCAUCCUCAUCCGACGAAGAUGAUAAACAAACUUCAAUUUCAACAACUGGAAAAGGGAAAUUAUCAAGGAGCAAGGCGACGGAUAAACCCUGCACAAACGCCAAUGCUCUUAUUAAAAAGUAUAGCUUUGAAAACGAUAAGCAAUCGCCAUUGGCUCCACUCUCAUUGCCAACGGAAUCGCCAUCAGGUUCAGCCAUCAGCUCAGACAUAAAAAAGAACUUUGAUAACUUUGAGGAGGAAUUGAAUAGAGAUGCCACUUAUCAAGCGUCAUUAUCAAAGCUAAAUGGCCACAUCAAGAAGCUAUCCAUGUCGCCGCAUAAACCACUACUAAUGUCGCAGUCGCCGCUUAAAUCCGCAGUUUAUGAGACACCUACAUUGAACACUUCGAAUACGAGCGGAUCCCAAGACAGUUUUGACUUUCUGGUGAAGCAAACACAAAAGAAGAAGCCCAUCCUAAAGCUUGAUCAGUCUACAGAAGAUUCGAAAUUGAGUACUCAGGCGGAUUCAAAAACAGAAACUAGCGUUGUGAAACCAAAACUCAAAAUUGUCUUUAGCAAUUCACUAGCCGAAUAUUUGCGAGAUUUGGGACAGUAUGAUAUUGAUGUAAGCAAGACGGAUUUUGGCCAACAAAAUGAAUCGACGCUAAAGAGCACUAUGGGCUCAUAUAAAACACGCUAUGUGGAGCUAAUGGAAAAAUAUUGUGAAGUCAUUGAUCAAAUACCCGGUGCACAUUUUAAUGAAAUCGAUGGUUUCGAGCCAAACACAUUUCUGAAGCUCAAGGUAAUGCGACAGAAAUUCAAGGCGCGUUCUCAGUUGCUGGAGCGGCAAAUAGAGCGACAGAGACGUGAACGUGAAGCUGCUGUGGAAGAGUGCGAUUUUGAGGAACUUGAGCGAGAGGAACGCGAGAUGCUGGCUGAAACAAAGCAAGCUCCAGCACUUGCACAAAGCAAACCAAAUGUAAUCAGUGAUAUUAAACCAGCGACAAAAGCUAUAGGUUCAGCUGACAGCAACUAUACAAAUGGUGUACCAGAUGAUUUUGAUGAUUUGGUACCCGUGGCAAGUCCACAGUACGAUCCUGAUGAAGAUGAUUACUUAGCACAGAGCAUGUUGCUGGAUGAUGAAGAGAUCAACGCGAACCCUUGCGAGCCUCCAGCUCCUGCAGCAGCUGCCAAUAAAUCUAACCCCGCAUCCAAGGUGGAUUCCGAUGAUGAUUUCGAGGACACUUUAAAACAAAUACGCGACGAGCACGAAGCGCAACAAGGACGCAAAUCUCAGUACAAUAAUUGCAUUUAUGCGGACUUUGAAGCUGUCAAGCUGCCGACGUCUAAAGAGAAUUUGCAGCCUGCACAGCGAAUUAAUUUUGCUGACAAUAAACCGUCGACUAAACCAUCGACAAUCGUGCUGGACGAUGAUGGUUUCCCUGAGUAUGAUCCAGCGCUCUUUGAGCAGGCUUUUGCCAAGGCAGCGAAUUCGAGUAGGAUUGAUUUGACCAGCGAUUCGCCUUCCACAAGCCGGUUAAGCUCUGAAAUAAAACUACCAAAGGCUGCGGCACAAAGAAUAUCUGGUAAUUUUCAUUCAAAUGUGCACAAUGAUGGCACCACUGGCGAGUUCGAUGGUCAAAAAUUUGAGCAUUCAACGCGUUUGAUGCAGGCGCUGAGUUUCAACUUUGGAUUGCGAAGCUUUCGUCCUAAUCAACUGCAGGUGAUCAAUGCAGCGUUGUUAGGCAACGAUUGUUUCGUCCUCAUGCCAACAGGAGGUGGAAAAUCGUUGUGCUAUCAGCUACCCGCAAUUCUCACAGAAGGCGUUACCAUUGUGAUUAGUCCACUCAAGUCGUUAAUCUUUGAUCAAGUCAACAAACUGGCUUCUUUGGAUAUUUGUGCCAAGUCUAUGUCUGGUGAGCAGACAAUGGAGGAAGCUAUGGCCAUUUACUGCGAUUUGGAAAGACGUCCACCGCUGGUCAAACUACUUUAUGUAACGCCAGAGAAAAUUUCUAGUUCAGCGCGCUUCCAGGAUAUUUUGGAUCAGUUGUAUGCCAACAAUUAUAUUAGCCGCUUUGUCAUCGACGAAGCCCAUUGUGUUUCCCAGUGGGGGCACGACUUUAGGCCCGAUUACAAGAAAUUAGGUAUACUGCGAACACGCUUUCCCAAUGUUCCAUCCAUGGCGUUGACUGCCACAGCAACGCCACGUGUGCGCAAGGACAUUUUGCAACAACUGAAUCUCACGCAUUGUAAAUGGUUUCUUUCGAGCUUCAAUCGCAGCAAUUUGCGUUAUCAGGUCCUUCCCAAGAAGGGCGCUUCAACCAUCGAUGAUAUGCGCAGCUUUAUACAAACACGCCCGGCUACCGCUAGCGGCAUUAUCUAUUGCCUUUCUCGCAAGGAAUGCGAUGAGGUUGCCAAUAAGAUGGUCACGGCUGGAAUACGUGCGGUAGCCUAUCAUGCUGGCCUGACGGAUAAGGCACGUGAAUCACGUCAAAAGGAUUGGAUAACUAACAAAGUGCGCGUCAUAUGCGCCACUAUUGCCUUUGGAAUGGGUAUUGAUAAGCCCGAUGUGCGCUUUGUUCUGCACUACUCGUUGCCCAAGUCCAUUGAAGGUUAUUAUCAGGAGGCGGGACGCGCUGGUCGCGAUGGCGAAAUCGCUGAUUGCAUUCUCUAUUACAACUACAGCGACAUGUUACGUCUCAAAAAAAUGAUGGACUCUGAUCGCGCACUUCAAUAUCAUGUGAAGAAGAUUCAUAUCGACAAUUUGCAUCGCAUUGUUGGCUACUGUGAGAAUCUCACUGACUGUCGUCGUGCCCAGCAGCUGGACUAUUUUGGCGAGCAUUUUACCAGCGAACAGUGCUUGGCGAAUCGUCAAACUGCCUGCGAUAAUUGUUUGAAGAAACGCAACUACUCAAAUGUCGAUGCACUCGAGCAAUGUCGUAAGGCAGCGUGUGCCGUCAGGGACUUGUGCAGUGGUCGCUCAAGAUUCACGCUGCUGCAUGUGGCUGACGUCCUAAAGGGAGCUAUGAUUAAGAAGAUUGUGGAGUUCGGGCAUAACAAGACACCACAUCAUGGUGCUCUUAAGGACUGGGAUAAAUUGGAUGUGCAGCGACUGCUGCGACAUAUGGUGCUUAAUGAAUAUUUGAAGGAGGAGCUCAUCUUUACAAAGGAUAUUCCGCAGGCCUAUCUCUACCUGGGUAGCAACAUAAAUGCCCUCAUGAAGGAGAGUCCCAAAAUUGAUUUUGCACUCACACGCAAGGACAGCGGUGGUUCCAAGGUGGUGGCUACCGUCUCAGAACCAACUGCAGCAGGCAACAGCGAUAUGCGGCAUGUGCACGAUCGUUGCUACAGCGAUCUGCUAGACUUGUGUCGCACUUAUGCUGCUGCACGCAAUGUCACCAUGGCCAGUAUCAUGAAUAUGCAGGCGCUUAAGGCGAUGGCCGAGGAGCUGCCUACCACAGAAAAGGACAUGUGCGCCAUUCCCCACGUCACCAAGGCCAACUUCGAUAAAUACGGCGCCAAGCUGCUAGAGAUCACAAGUGGCUAUGCCACCGAAAAGGAAUGUCUGCUGGUCAUGCAGGAGAUGGAGGCAGAUGCAGUAGCUGCUGACGAGCCAACGCCAACGGCUAAUGACAGCAACGAUUGGGAACAGGCGGCAGCGCAACAAGGCGCCUCUGGCUCUGCUGGUGGUAGCGAAACGUCUUUCGGGGGUAAACGCAAGCGAGCCUGGCGUGGACGUGGAGCUUCUAGUGUCAAGCGAUACAAGGGCGCAGCAGCAUCGCCUGCAGCGGCACGAAAGAAAGCCGUAGUGACAAGGGGCGCUCGAGGCGCAACCAGAGGCGCUGCUGCAACGAAACGAGGCGGUGGUUCAGGCUCCAGUUCGUGGUUGGGUAAGAAGACAGGCAGCAGCAGCGGUUUCCAGAUGAUGCCUUUGCCAGGAUCACGUUAAGUAGUUAAGUUUGUGUAAUAAUAAACGCUUGAUUUUCUUUUAACACUU